UGUGAGGGGGCGGGGGCGCGGGGCUCUACAGCCUGCUGGGCUGGCUCUCCUCUCCUCUCCUGUCCUUCGUUGCUCCUUGCCGGGCUCUCCCCCGCCCGCUCGCCGGGGCCCAUGUACUGGAAGCAUGAGAACUGCGCCGCCCCAGCGCCCGCGGGCGGUCGCCUCCCUUCAGAAGGGGUCCCCGCCGACCAGGUGAUGGCUCAGCCAGGGCCGGGCUGUAAAGCCAGCUCCCGCUGCCUGGAGGGAACCGCGCCGCCCAGCAUGGCUCAGUCGGACGGAGAUGCUCUGCCCGGGGGCCUAGACAAGGACGAGGGACGCUCUUCCCCCUGCACGCCCAGCACCCCUUCAGUCUGCUCACCUCCCUCUGCCUCCUCCUCGGUGCCAUCCGCGGGCAAAAACAUCUGUUCUAGCUGUGGCCUCGAGAUUCUCGAUCGCUACCUGCUCAAGGUCAACAACUUGAUCUGGCACGUGCGAUGUCUGGAAUGCUCUGUCUGUCGCACGUCACUUCGGCAGCAGAACAGCUGCUACAUUAAGAACAAGGAAAUCUUCUGCAAAAUGGACUAUUUCAGCCGGUUCGGUACCAAGUGCGCCCGGUGUGGCCGCCAGAUCUUUGCCAGUGACUGGGUGCGACGGGCACGGGGCAAUGCUUACCACCUGGCCUGUUUUGCCUGCUUCUCCUGCAAGCGGCAGCUCUCUACAGGCGAGGAGUUCGGGCUGGUGGAGGAGAAGGUGUUAUGCCGCAUCCAUUACGACACUAUGAUCGAGAACCUCAAGAGAGCAGCUGAGAACGGCAAUGGGAUCACAUUGGAAGGGGCCGUGCCAUCAGAACAGGACAGUCAACCAAAGCCAGCCAAGCGGGCACGGACAUCCUUCACAGCGGAGCAGCUGCAGGUAAUGCAGGCCCAGUUUGCCCAGGACAACAAUCCUGAUGCACAGACACUUCAGAAGCUGGCAGACAUGACGGGCCUUAGUCGUCGAGUUAUCCAGGUCUGGUUUCAAAACUGCCGAGCCCGCCAUAAAAAGCACACCCCCCAGCACACAGUGCCACCCUCUGGAGCUCCACAGUCCCGUCUCUCCUCUUCCCUGUCUGAUGACAUCCACUAUUCCCCCUUCAGCAGCCCUGAGCGAGCCCGCAUGGUCACCCUGCACGGAUAUAUAGAAAGUCAGGUACAAUGUGGGCAGGUGCAUUGUCGGCUUCCUUACACUGCCCCACCAGUUCACCUCAAAGCCGACAUGGAUGGACCACUCUCUAAUAGGGGUGAGAAGGUCAUCCUUUUUCAGUACUGACUACGCAGACUCUUCCACAUCUGUCUAUGGUGAUUCCACAGCUGCCCCUCAGUCACUGAAAUUCUGUGUGUCUGCCCGUAUGACUAGUGGCUUCUGCCUCAGCCUUUCCAUUCAUUCCCAUGAACCACCAGCCAGUUCCAGGUCCCCACUCAGCCACCCGGGGCCUUUCUUCCCCUCCUGCUGAAAGCAGGCCCGGAGCUGUGCAGACCAAGUCCAGCCAGCACGGAUCCCCAGAGCUACCGGGAACACUCCUGAGGCCACUUCUUGGAAGGCAAAGCUCCCCCAAAUUUGGAAAUAGGGUGAAAAAACUUUUAUUUUUAUUGGAACUGAAAUAAUUUUCAACUUGAGUGAAUUAGAAUUAAGAAAGAAUGAAAUUGUCAGGACAGUAACAAUAUCCAAUUUAAUUCUUUUUAAUAUUGGCCUUUGUUACCCAUUUCCUUGAGACCAUCUAUGAAUUCUGAAUAGUUGACAACCCCAAAUGUUAUCCACUCAGUUGCUUUUGUUUGAGAAACUAUACAGUUUUUUUGUGGGAAAUUCCCAAAAGAAAACUGUGUUCUAAUUUUAUCAUUUCCAUCUGUCUGGUUGUGUCAAGUUAAUUCAGAGAACAAAGUGAGACUCACCAGCUCUGAGAGCCACAGAGGAUGCAAAUGAAGAGCUUACCCAUCCAGAAGAAAAGGCGGUCCCACACUGGGCACAAUGUCUAUAGGAGUCUUUGAACCUUUAAGUCAGUGGAUAUAUAUGCAGCUGCCAGUUUUCAGAAUGUAGCUGUUCUUCUUUUCUCCAGCUUACAGCAAAGCCUAGCUAGGGAAGAAAGAUUUGGCGAACCGAGCAGAGAACCCUAAUCAUUCACUCCAGUCCCAUCCUAAGGACCAAUCUAUUGAUGUAAAUCACAGAAUCUUAGAAUCUCUAAGUUGGAAGAGACCUUAGGGGUGAUCUCAUCCAAUCCCCAUCAAAAGCAUGCAUCCCUUCCCUGCCAAGUGGCCCUUCAGCCUCUGGUUGAAUACCUUCAGUUAAAGGGAACUCUUUUUUUUUUUUGGUGAGGCAAUUGGGGUUAAGUGACUUGCCCAGGGUCACACAGCUAGUACUUGUCAUG